UCUCUCUCUCUCUACUCUCCAAUUCUCUCUCUCUCUCUCUCUCUCUCUCUCUCUCUCUCUCUCUCUCAUACGAUGGAGAGAAUACACGUUACCGUGAGGACGAGGCCUCUCUCUCCGGAGGACGACAAGACCAGCCCUUGGCGAAUCUCCGGCAACUCCAUCUCCAACCCUAAUCACUCCUCCAAGUUCGAAUUUGAUCGGAUUUUUGGGGAAAGCUGCAAGACGCAAGAGGUUUAUGAAGCUCGUACCAAGAAUAUUGUCGCUGCCGCUGUUUGUGGAUUCAAUGGCACUGUUUUUGCCUAUGGACAGACAAACAGUGGAAAAACACAUACAAUGCGGGGAUCUACUGCUGAACCUGGAGUCAUACCUCGUGCUGUACAUGAUUUGUUUGGGCUUAUACAAGAGGAUACAGAUCGGGAAUUUCUUCUAAGAAUGUCCUACAUGGAAAUUUAUAAUGAGGAAAUAAAUGAUUUGUUAGCUCCUGAGCACAGGAAACUGCAGAUUCACGAAAACCUUGAGCGUGGAAUAUUUGUGGCUGGGUUAAGAGAAGAAAUUGUAGCUUCUCCUGAACAAGUCCUUGAAUUUAUGGAGUUUGGAGAAUCACAUCGGCAUAUUGGAGAGACAAAUAUGAAUCUCUAUAGCAGCAGGUCACAUACAAUUUUCCGCAUGAUAAUUGAGAGUAGGAAUAGAUGUGAAGAUGAAGAUGUUGGCAGUUCUUGUGAUGCAGUCCGUGUAUCUGUUUUGAACUUGGUGGACCUUGCUGGUUCAGAGCGUGCUGCGAAGACUGGUGCGGAAGGUGUUCGUCUGAAAGAGGGAUCACACAUUAACAAAAGUUUGAUGACACUUGGUACAGUAAUCAAGAAACUGAGUGAAGGUGCUGAGAGUCAAGGGGGCCAUGUUCCUUAUCGGGACAGCAAACUUACUCGUAUUUUGCAACCUGCACUGGGGGGAAAUGCAAAUACUGCCAUCAUAUGUAAUAUCACACUUGCUCAGAUUCAUGCUGAUGAGACUAAAAGUAGUCUCCAGUUUGCCAGUAGAGCAUUACGUGUGACAAAUUGUGCUCGUGUGAAUGAGAUCUUGACAGAUGCUGCUUUGCUAAAGCGUCAGAAGAAAGAAAUUGAGGAGCUUAAAGCCAAACUACAGGGUUCUCAUUCGGAGCAUUUUGAAGAGGAAAUUCUCUGUCUGCGGAAUACGUUGUUGCAGACUGAAUUGGAGAGAGAGAGGAUAGCUUUGGAGCUGGAGGAGGAAAAGAAAGCUCAAGCUGAACGGGAAAAGAGAUUGCAAGAACAAGCCAAGAAGAUUGAGAAUCUGAGUUCAAUGGUGCUAUACUCAAAUAGGGAUGAGAACCGGGAUAAUCCCAAGAAGGAGAAGAGGCGUGAUACCUGGUGCUUUGGUAAUCUAUCCAGGGAGACUCUUAGGGAGUUGAAUUCUAUAGUCCAUGCCAAGGCUUCUGCUGUGAAACCCACAAGAUCUGAGCAUAUGGGACCACUUCUUCCUUUUGAAGAACUGGUAAAUGAAGCAAGCAUGGAUAAUUCCUGCAAACCAGAGGAGUGUAAUGAUGGUGAAGUCAAAUACUGUACGCUUCCAGAUCCGCGUGCUUUGUUACGUGUUACAAGCCGGAAAAAAGCACCAGUCAAGAAGAAAAGCUUACCUGUGGAGAGCAAUGAGUUAGAAGAACUUCAAGCAGAAUAUGAAGAUUUGCUUCUAAAAUUUGAAACCCAGAGGACUAUGAGCGAGAUACAGAUUGACUUCUUAACAAGAAAGUUGGUUGAUGCUGAUUCAUAUCCGGAUGAGAAACCUAGCAGUCUUAACAGAAGCACGGUUCUUGGUGAUGGAGCCAAAUGUUUAAGGGAAUCAGAAGCUAUUCUCGUGAUCAAGCAACUCCAAGAAAAGAUUAAUAUGUUAGAGAUGGAGAAGUCCUCAAGCCAGCAAAAUUUGGAUUGUGUUGUUGAGUUGGCAACAGAGCAGAAGAUAUGUGCCUUGGACAAGUAUGAAGAGCUUUAUGAAGAACUUCUCAAUGCAAAGGAGGCGGCUAGAAUUGCUCGCGAAGAACUCACUUCCAAGGAAUCUAUAACGGCAAAGGAUAUGGACGGUUCUGACACCAUGAUCAAGCUAUUAAAGGAAGUUCAAGAAAUAACAUCGGAAAUACAAACCACUAAAAACCUUGCUGAGAGCAUGUCUUUGGUUACAGAUGAACUUUUGCAGAGUUUUUCUGUUGUUUUGAACCUUUUCUUUGAGUUUAAGUCUUUGGCAUGCCAGAACUCGAUGCAACUAAGAUCUAUUGUUAGUGACCAUGGGAAGUUGCAUGACUGCAUGAGGAACACAGUCAAUGAACUUGAGAAUGAGAAGAACCUAGCUGAAGAGCAUGAUUUGGAGAAGGCUGAGCUCUUUUCACACAUUCAAUCUCUUGAGAAGGAAAUAUCAUAUUUAUCAUCCUCAUGCUUGGCUAGGGAGAAGGAAAAUUUAAGAAAAGAUCUUGAGAAAACAAAAACGAAGUUGAAAGAGACAGAGUCCAAGCUUAAGAAUGCUAUCCAGGAGAAAACCAAACUUGAGGGUGAGAAAGCAUGUGCGGAGAGAGAAUUGAAAAAACUGCAUGGCCAAAAGGCUCUACUAGAGCGUGAUAUCAACAAACGUGAGUCGCUUGCUGGGAGACGGCGUGAUUCAGUUGUUGAUAGGACUUCCAAUGUGUUUGAUCCAAAAAGGGCGAAGGGUCUCCCUACUUCCUUUGACCAGACAUUGCAGGAAGAUUACAAAAAGCUGGAAGUUCUUGCAUUUGAGAUGGAGACAACUAUUGCUUCUUUGGAAGAGGAAUUAGCUGCGGCAAGGGAAGAGAAGGAUUUGACUGUUUCUAGAACUGAAAGUUUGACUUCAGACCUGCAAACUCUAUAUGAUAAGUUGGGCUUGUCAAACUUAGAAUUGAGUACUUUGCAAGGAGAGGUUUCAGAUCUUAGAUUAUGCUUAGAAGAAUCAAAGUCCCAUAAUCAUGAAUUAGAAGGCUUUAUCAAAACACUAGUUGAAGAAAAAGAAGAGUUGGCAAUGCAACUUACUGAAGCCCUUUUGUCAAUGGAGGAGGAGAAGGCUAUAUGGUCUGCUAAGGAGAAAGCUUCCAUUGAGGCCAUAGAAGAUAAAUCCAGAUCUUACAAUGCAGAGAUUACACUAUUAUUGAAAGAAAUGUCAGAGGUGAGAAAUGAGCUGGCCUCCUGUAGAAAAGAACACAAAGUCCUUGAGGAAAAAUUGGUUGGCUCCGAGGAAAAUGCAAAAUUAGAGAAGAAGUUCAGUUUGGAGAAAUCCUUGGAGAAUGAUCGGCUAAGAGAAGAGCUUAGAAGUGCUGAAGAUCUGAAUAAAAAGUCUCAAGACGAUGGAAAGUUACAACUACAGAAGCUCACAUUGGAUCAUCAUCAUGCUUGCGAGGAAGUACAUAAAGUUCGGAUGGAGUUAAGUGUGCUCAAUAAAGAAAAGGAAUAUUUGGUAAACCAAGUCAAAGAGUUAGAUAAGGGAUCAGUUCUGAUGGAUGACUGCCAGGAAAGGGAUAAGGGGAUGGCACGGAUUGAAGAGAAGCUGUGCCAUGAUGUUAAAGUGGAAUCGUGUGCACGAAGUAGUGAUGAAAGGUCAUUGAAGGCAAAGGCUGAAGUGGAGGCGCUGACUUGUCAGCUUUCAAGGCUAGAAGCCAAGCUACACAAUGAGCAAGUCAUCAAUAAUAAGGAGAAUACAAAGCUGAGGAUGAGGCUUAGGGGUACACAAGCAAAAUUGGAAGCCUUUACUGUUAGAUACAAGGAGGCGGUGGAAGAGUCCGAUCUCAUGAAUAAGAAAUUUGAGGAGGCUGCUGCAAAGCUCAAGGCUCAGUUGGCUUCCUAUGCCCUCGAGGUCCUCAACCUUAAGAAGCAAUUAGUUGCUGUAAAUAGCCGAUGAGUCAAAAUGAUGAGCGUACUUAAAUUUUUUUAAUUUUUUUAUGUUCAUGGUUAUUCCAUGUUUUUGUACGUCAAGAUACUUCUGGUGAUAAUGCUUAUUCAUGGUUUUGUUCAAUGUUAUUAGAAAUCAGGUUGAAGAAAUUGCGUGUAUUUUACUUGUUAAAUAGUGUUUAAAAUGUGCCGAAAAUGAGGUAUUAAAGCAUGAAUAUACGCAAUGGGUAGCAUUUUUAUCCAUUGAAGUACCUAAUUGUUGGCGUGGCAUUAGGUGUGUAGAAAUAAAACAUCCAUUUGGGCUAGCCAUUAUUUUGGAUGCAUGGUACAUUAAUAUCCGCGGGCAAAAGUUAAAAGGCGUUCCUCAUAAAAGUGGGGUCAUUUUUUCCACAGAGAAACAGCACCUCCACUCUCUAGUAUAUUAGUACACAUGGUGCUCCCUUUUGAUUAAUUCAGUUUUAUUCUUUGUGCCUUAAUGUAUUCCAUUUGUUCCGAUCAAUUGAUCAAUUCAUCAACUAGUAAUUCUUCCAAUUUUUCAAUAGUAAACUAGUUCUUCAAAGAUGGUUGUUUGAUUAAAUUGUACUCUUCGAUCUUUGACUUGGGUUUUACAUCUUUUGCAACUUUGCUUGUGCACCAAAAUCCAGAUCAAAGCAUCAAGUUGCUUGUGCACCAAAAUCCAGAUCAAAGCAUAGGAUGUUUGGUCUGAGAGGGACAAGAUUGUUCUUUUGUUAUUUUUUUCUGUGACUCCCACAAACAAACUAUAGAAUACCCUUCUGUAAAUCUUUUGAAUAUGCACAAAGGAUGGAAUGCCAUUGUAGGCAACCCACAUCGAAUUUGAAAAUUGGGUUAAAUAGCAACACAAUGAGCACAAGAAAUGGAAAGACAGAUUUUUAUGAGGUGAUUGGAUAAGCUUUCUUUUGCUGAGGAUGUUGAGCUUUCGUAGAACUCAACUACAACCUAGAAUUAUAAUAACUACUCUUCACUUUCAUAUACUUAAGGAAACAACAAGAACAAUUCC